CUAUCUAUUCUUCAAAGUUUCUGAGUUUGUUCUUGGUAAUUUUUUUGAGCAAUGGAGGGAUUAAUGGUGGUUUUCGACUUCGAUAAAACGAUUGUCGACUGUGAUAGUGAUAAUUGGGUUGUUGAUGAAUUGGGUUAUACACAACUCUUCGAUCAACUCGUAAAAAUCAUGCCUUGGAACACUAUGAUGGAUACAUUGAUGAAAGAAAUGCAUACACAAGGCGUAACAAUCGAUGACAUUGCACGAGUCUUGAAAAGAGUUCCGAUUCAUCCUCGUGUUGUUCCCGCAAUCAAAGCCGCCCACGCUGCAGGGUGUGAUCUGAGAAUUGUAAGUGACGCAAAUAUGUUCUUCAUUGAGACCAUACUAGAUCAUCUUGGGUUAAAGGAUUGUUUCUCGGAGAUUAACACGAAUCCGGGUUAUGUUGACGGAGAAGGGAGAUUAAGGAUUUUGCCGAUACAUGAUUUUACUAAAUCUCCUCACGGAUGCAGUAACCCCUGCCCUCCAAACAUGUGCAAGGGUUUAGUGAUAAAAAGGCUAUUAUGUGAACAUGGAAACAAUAAGUUCAUCUAUUUAGGAGAUGGAAUUGGAGAUUAUUGCCCUUCCUUAAGGCUAAGAGAAGAAGACCAUGUUAUGCCAAGGUUCAACUUUCCAGCAUAUGAUAUGAUCUCAAGUAAUCCAAUGCUUAUCAAAGCCAAGAUCCAUGGAUGGGCCGACGGCGGCGAUCUCGAGCGGGUUCUAUUGGCUCUCAUCCAAGAUAAUAUCAACUGUGGAGAUGAUUAUAAUGUUGAUCAAUUAUUCAAACUUGAUUGCAAGCUUGAGAUUUUGCCUGUUACUUCUGAUAUAGAGUUGCGGCCUAAGGUUCUAUGUGUUCCUUUUUAAGAAAGUGGCUAACUUCUGUAAUACUCUAAAAAAAGGAAGAAAGAAAGUUCAAUGUAGUUUUUGUUUUGUAGGGAGUAGAAUCAAAGAUUCAAAGCUAUAGAGGAAUUGUUUAAGGUUUUGAUCUGAGGAUUAUGUAUGUAAUUAACCUUUGUUGCCCAAUUGAGCAACUUAUUCAAUGAAUGAAAUUGUACUUUUAGUGA